CUUCUAUCUAAUUCAUUCUUGAUCCUUCAACCUACAGAGCUAUUUUCAAUACUUGGACUAUUCCACAAUCGUCCACUACUCCAAGACGGCCCAAGACUAAAGCAUCAAGACCCUCCGAGUAUUCCUCCGAACCCUUUCCUUCUCUCCGCACAAGCCCCGCGUCACCAGAUCCAUACCAUGAUUGGUGCUGAGUGUAGUCGUGGCCUCUUUUUUUCCACUGCAAUCAUGGUUCGACUUGGUUCCAAAGCAUCUGUGUCGUCAAUGGCUGUUUGUGGAUCACGAGUUGACCUUCCGGCACUCUGUUUGCUAAUGCGACAGCUGUCACAAGCAAGUCAAUAAAUUGGCACGACUGCCCCUCGUUUUGGGCGCCGUUAAAAAUCGAAUUUCUCACGGAAUUAUACAAAAGGACAUUAUUCUAAUCCCUAUCUGAACCAUGGCCUGGCCGAAUAAGAACCAAGAUAUGCUGUAUCGCCGGUUGGGCAAUUCCGGUCUUCAUGUUUCUGCAAUUGGACUGGGAGGAUGGUUGACUUUUGGUGGUCACGUCGGCAACGAGGUUACAUUUAACUGCAUGAAGCAAGCAUACGACUGUGGUGUUAAUUUCUUCGAUUCUGCAGAAAGCUAUGCUGGCGGACAAUCCGAGGUGGUUAUGGGAGAGGCGAUUAAGAAAUUUGGCUGGAAGAGAAGCGAUCUCGUCAUCAGCACCAAGCUAAACUGGGGUCUUGCAAACGGCGAGAUUCUAAUCAACAACCACGGUCUCUCGCGAAAACACAUUAUCGAAGGCACCCGCGCAUCGCUGGAGCGUCUACAGCUCGAAUAUGUCGACAUCAUAUACGCCCACCGUCCCGAUCGAUUGACACCCAUGGAGGAAACAGUCCGCGCAUUUAACCAUGUCAUUGAAAAGGGCUGGGCCUUUUACUGGGGAACAUCAGAAUGGUCGGCUGAUGAGAUCAGUGAGGCCUGUGGAAUAGCCAGAGCCCUGGGCUUGAUCGCCCCGAUUGUCGAGCAGCCUCUGUACAACAUGCUGGAUCGAACCAAGGUCGAGGGAGAAUUCCAGCGUUUGUACUCGCGGUGCGGAAUUGGUUUGACCACUUUCUCUCCUAUGAAGAUGGGUUUGUUGAGUGGUAAAUACAACGAUGCCACAACACAGCCUCCACCUGGCUCUCGAUUCGCAGAGAGCAAUGAUAGAUUUGCCAGCAGUGUCCGGAAAGACUGGGAGAAUGAACAAUGGGCGGGAACCAUUAAGAAAAUCGUCAAGUUGAAGGAAUUGUCAGACAGCCUUGGCUUCAAGCUGUCUCAACUGGCCCUGGCAUGGUGCCUGAAGAACGAGAACGUCUCUUCAGUCAUCACCGGAGCUUCAAGGCCAGACCAAAUCAUCGACAACGUGCAGAGUCUCAAAUUACUCCCUAAGCUGACUCCGGAAAUCAUGGCUCAGAUCGAUGACCUGCUGCUCAAUAAGCCUGUGCAGGAUCCUGCACGACAGGAUUAAAAAUUCCCAUAGUAUAUGACUUCUUUAUAUAGACAAUUAUGACAAUUCCAAAGUGCAGUGCAUUCUAUUUGAU